UUCUUUUUCAUUUGAACUUGGGGCGUCUUCCCGUUUACAAGUCGAAACCUUAAACCCUAAUAUUUCAGAGUUUCCCUCUCUCUCUCUCUCUAUGAUGUACAGAUAUGAAAGCCCUAAAGUCAUUUUGCACUAAUAAACACUUGCUUCUCUUUAACCUGGCUAUUAAAACCCCUGUAUCAUUUUCAUUUUCUUCCCGCCAAAACCUCGUAUUUCCCCGCCAUUUCCACGUAACCAGUCUCCGUUUCCGCGUUGAAGAUUCCAGUCUCGCAGCCAUCGGUUCCUUCAACAACGAACCUGACUUGAGUCGGAGCGGUCAUGGAAACGAAAACUCCGCUGGUGUUGGGUCUGUCUACAAUCCAGUCGCGGGCGAAACCUUUACGAGACCAUGCAUAAACAGGAACGGAGGACAAGAAUUCGAUCGUAGUUCGUGGAGUUCCGGUUCCUGGGUGGAUGAUUUUCAGAGGACUAGGGCGUCUGGGAGUGUGAAGAAAGCAAAUGCAAGUAACAGGGGCAACACUGACGCGGAUACUUCCGAUGCUUAUAAUUGGAUUGAUAAUUUUGAGGGAGAGGAAACUUAUGGCAGAGUGAGGGGGGAAAAUUUGACUGCUGGAGACGAUAUUCGGCUGGGUUCAUCCAGCUCCGAUGAUGGAACUAACGACCUUUUCAAGGAAAAAGCUAACAAGGGCGUGAAAAAGGCGAAUUCAAGUAGUGUGUCAUGGCAUGAAUUCAGGCUGGGUGGUAUAGUGAGAAAUAAGAAGAAGGUGAAGGAGAAAGUGAGUUGGGUUUGCACAGAAUGUGGCCAUUCAGAAGGACAGUGGUGGGGGAGUUGCCGCGAGUGCAAUAGCGUGGGGACGGUUAAACAGUUUACUGAAGCUUCUGAAUCUGGUGAUAAUGGUAAGGGCAGGGGGCUUGAGUUUUCAGCUAAUGCUGUGCGGUCCUGGCUCCCACAACAAGCAACGGACGUUCAGCCCCGUAGGUUGACUGAUAUUAAUCGCGGGCUUAAUCAGUUGGAAUGGCGUAUUCCUUUGUCUGGAUAUUUUGGAUGUGAAGUUGCUAGAGUGCUUGGUGGUGGUCUUGUCCCAGGUUCUUUGGUUUUGAUUGGUGGUGAUCCCGGUGUGGGCAAGAGUACGCUCUUGUUGCAGAUUGCUGCAAUAGUAGCUGAGGGGAGUAAUCUUGGUAGACCUGCUCCUGUUCUAUAUGUUUCUGGAGAAGAGAGUGUUGAGCAAAUUGGAAACAGAGCUGACCGAAUGAGUAUUACAACAGAAGAACUUUUCCUAUACUCGAGCACUGAUAUUGAGUCACAUGGCAGGAUGGAUGCCUGUGCUUGCUGCUAUUUGAAGGGAAUCUUAUAUAUCUAAUAUGCAGUUCUACAAGUUUUCAGUAUCCCUGAAAUUUCUCUGAGAUACUCUGAUUUUUUUAGUCCCUCUCAGUCUCUUUUUUACACAAACGUUGUUUAAACUGAUUUUUUUUGAACAUGAGCUGUAACAAUGCAUCUCUAACAAAUAGAGAAAAUCAAGUGCAAAGCUGCUGGUCGUUAGUUUAUAUUUGUUGCAUAAUGACAAUAGGUAUGAUGCCUAGAUUCAUUAUUAUUUUGCUGUUCAAUGGGGCUGUUGGGGGAAGUUUUCAGUACAAUUCCUUAACAUCAGUAUAAAUGUUGAAUAAGUAAUCAAUUU